AUGGAUUACCCUUUUAUCCACAAAGUAGAGACACGGAAAAAAGUCAUUCUUCCAGUUAAGCAGAAAACAAAUGGCUACACAGCAGACCACUACGAAGGUCGCCGAACGACGUUCCAUUCAAUGAUCAAACUCACAGUGAUCAUAGGACAGCUGUUCGCUCUCAACCCAGUGCAGGGAGCUUGGGAGACUGACAGCUCCAAACUAAGGUUUAAUUAUUUCACCGGACGCUGCGCUUACACGAUUCUAACUAUUUUGUGUCAAGUGAUUUUUCUAAAUGUGUUAUUUUUAACAAGAUAUUUUACGAUCUCUACGGCUUCAGUGACUUCGAACACCACUGUAGUAUUCUUUGCCACCAAUACCACCAUAACAAUCCUAUUUCUGCGCAUAGCCACAAAAUGGCCAAAACUUUGCCACUAUAUUGCACGCAUCGAGACGAUAGAUCCUCUUUACGACAAAACUCUAGUGAGGAGAUGCAAUAUAUCAUGCAUUUUGAUACUUCUAUUUGCUUUUUUGGAACACAUCUUAGCACAAAUGGGUGGUGUAGUUUUGGUAGCAAACUGCAAGCCGGAGACAUCUUUUUACAAGGGAUUCAUAACUCACAACUUUCCGUGGAUUGAUGUAGUUAUUCCCUACAACCCACUUCUCGGAAUUCUUACACAGUGCUUGAAUUUUCAGUGUACUUUUAAUUGGAAUUUUGCUGACGUAUUUGUUAUUUGUAUAAGUUUCUACCUCACCUCCAGACUUGAACAAGUAAAUAAAAAAAUUGCAGCGAUUAAAGGAAAGUUGGUUCCAUCAUCACUUUGGAGAACGAUUCGCGAAGACUACAACAGAGCUACCAGUUUGGUCAGACGUGUAAAUGAUGUGAUCGGCAGUGUUAUAUUCAUCUCAUUCGCUAACAACCUUUUCUUCAUUUGCUUACAACUCUUGCAUACACUCGCGGAUGGGAUAAAAGCGACCCCACCUUGUAGUGUACCAGACAAAAGAUUGUUCAAAGGCUACGAAUAUGCGGCAUAUUUUGCAUACUCCUUAAUAUUCCUGGUUUUGAGGUCAAUGACCGUCUCUUUAAUCGCGUCCCGUAUUCACACUGCGAGUCGGGAACCAGUCUACACUCUGUACGAAGUACCAUCACCAGUAUACUGUAUCGAGGUUCAAAGAUUCAUUGAGCAGAUUCACGGAGAAACGGUAGCUCUGACCGGCUUACAGUUCUUUAAAGUGAAGCGCGGAAUCGUUCUAGCAAUUGCAGGCACAAUAGUGACGUACGAACUCGUUCUGAUGCAAUUCGCUGGCGUCACCCCGACCGCAUCACCUCUAAGCGAGGACGCAUGAAUAACUUAAUAAUUAAAAUAAUAUUUAUCUACAGACAUAAU